AUGGUUUCAGAUGAUUAUUUACAACGUACGUAUAACGGCGAAGAAAAGAUAUUUAGAGGAGAUUUGAGAGCAGAUGAAAAAGGAAUUGAUUUAAUCGACUAUGACAACCCAGAUAGUCAAGACUAUCAACGUUUCGUCUUGAACUACACACAUUUAAUAAGAAACAUAAUAAACAGUAGUCCGAUACAGAAAAAAUUCAUUGACGCCGAAAUCAUUUCUCUCGAACCCGAUGAAGGCAACUUGAAAGUGAACUUCUGGUUGAGAUUUGAACCAGUCAGAUGGACAGCGUCUGUUACAGUGGAAGAAAUAUUAUCAGCAUUUCGUCGUUUAUACCCUUCGACGAAAAUCGUCCCCGGGAGUUUGCACAUCAAACACAUUACCAACAAUGCUUUGUUAUCUACAAAACCAUCGACAAUGGCACCAGAAAUAUCAACCACUGAAUUCCAUCCAACUAUACCGCCCCCUAGACGAUGCACGCCAGUAAGACUGAAUUUGUGUAAAUCUGUUUUGGAGUAUAAUUUGACGAGUUAUCCUAAUCAGUUUGGACAUAAAAAUUUGGAUGAAAUUCACGACGAUUUGAUUGCAUUCAGGUUAGUUAUACCCUUAGUUACAACUGCAUUAYUGAUCUCGUCAACUGGCAGGUCUGUAGACCAAAUGCUGCCAUUGGCCACUAUCGACUCGUAUCCGACUGAAGGUUUCGUGUUUUUCGUCGAACAAGGAAUGUCGGGCAAGUUGUGUGCAGCUAAUUUUCAAACGGACAUUCCAAACGAAAAGAUGUCCGUAGCGCUCCAAACAAUCGCAACGUCACUCUGUCGUACGUUAAACUACCGCAAUCUGACAAGUGUCGAAAUUGUCGACGAUGAAGACUUGCAAACAACGACUUCCGGUUCUUCUGCACGAUAUGCGCACGUCGUGGAUCCAUUCGCCAGCGAGAUAACUUUUAACCUGGGCACGUGUCCCAGUAGAAAAGUUCUGCGAGUCGCGUGCAACGACGCAGUUUGCGGAAUACAGACAAACAGGAGACAGAAACACGGUAUCGAUGGUUUGAACAAAAUGGCUUCCCACGGGGACUGGCCGUGGCACGCAGUUCUCUACAAAAGUGGAACUCAUGUUUGCGACGGUAGUCUCAUAUCUUCCGAAUGGUUACUCACCAGUGCUUCGUGCUUCCAAGGGCAAAGCAAAGCCGAAUGGGUGGCGCGCUUAGGAGCGGUGAGGUUGAACGCCGUGUCGCCUUGGCAACAAGAACGGCAUAUUGUCGGAAUGGUCAAGUCACCCGUGGAAGGAAGCACGUUGGUUUUGGUCAAAUUAAGUUCACCGGUCACGUAUUCCGAUCACAUUCGGCCGGUGUGCCUGAACGACGAGCAGACGAGCGAUGUCCCGUAUCUACACUGCCAGACGUUGGGAUGGGCGAAAAACCGAGACAGCCUUCAGCGGAUCGAGGUUAAAGAAAGUUCGAUGGACAGCUGUACCAACAUCAGCAUCACGACGGUGAAUGGGCUGUGCUACGAUUCGAUAUACGACCAUAACGAUUGUACAGAAGAGGAAUUUGCUGGAAGUCCAAUGAUGUGCCUAUCGGCUAAUAAGAAGAGCUGGGUAUUGGUGGGUGUCACUAACUGGCGCAUUGCAUGUUCAGCAGACGGCAUGAUGAGACCAAGGCUUUACGAUCGAGUCAAGUCGAACCACAAAUGGAUAAAUACGGUUCUAAAGGACGGUUAAGCGUUAUAUUAUUACAUUUUUUUUUCGUUAUAUUUAUGUACGUCAAUUGUGAUUUGUUUUAAUUUAUUAUUG